AUGUAUAAUGAUUUAAGGCAACUAAGAGAAGGGGCGGAAAUGAUUUUGAAAACUGCGCUAGAUGAGAGUAAUGUCAUUGAUAACUUCGUAUUUGUGCCCUUUCACGACCCUUCCGUCGGUCCAGUCACAGUAACAAGGAAUAAGCAAGUAUUUAAAUCAGCUCUGAACAUAGUGCAUGUGUACGGCGGAGGAGAUUGUCCAGAAAAAUCCUUAACCGGGAUACAAUUGGCUUUGAAUGUCAGUCGUCCACAAUCCUUUAUUUACGUGUUCACUGACGCGACCGCGUCCGAUCAUAAACUUGUGGGAAAAGUCCUAGAUUCUAUUCAGAGGAAACAAAGCCAGGUGGUGUUUGUUCUAACAGGGCAUUGUAAUGAUUUGCAUAAGCCUCAUUACAAAGUGUACCAACAGAUAGCCGCAGCUAGCUCUGGACAAGUGUUUAAUUUAAACAAAACCAGCGUAUAUAAGGUGCUGGAAUUUGUGAGAAGUUCUAUAAAAGGGAGGACUGUUAACUUGGCGUCUGCUGUCAAUCCUGCGGGAUAUAACUACACUCAAGAGAUACCAGUAGACAAGUCUGUAGAUGAAGUGACGGUGUCGGUGUCGGGUGCCAAGCCCAAAAUAAAGGUGGUCAACCCAAGCGGCGAGGAGCUCACCGGCCCUCCGCAGCUCGUCACCACUUUGGAUCUCUCAGAAAUUAUGAUAGUAAAAGUUUUGCAGCCUGAACCAGGGAACUGGAGUAUAACUGUAGGGAGUGAAGAGGAGCACUCGGUGAAGGUGGUCGGGAUGUCCAACUUGACUUUCAAACAUGGCUUCUCUGUUCAGACUCCUCGCUCUAUGGAUGAAACUAGUUAUCGUCCAUUACAAGGAACAUAUAACCACAUGCUAAUAUCUCUGAGCGAAAACAACGCAUCUAUAGAAAUGGACCACGUUCAAUUACUCAGUUUGAACGGAACCCCAUUGUAUGAAAUACCUUUAAAAGAGUUCGAUAAAGAUCAAAAGCUUUAUAUAGCCAAUGCUUUUGUUCCGCCAGAAGAAUUUUUUAAUAUAGCGAUAAUAGGCCGCGAUGAGCACGGUCAGGAAGUAAGGCGAGUGGGGCCCACGGCGGUGCAAGGAAAACCACCAGAUGUUCCUUAUUUGACGGUGGCCAAACGGAUAGAAGCGCGUCGUCACGAGCGCGUGUCGCUGGCGUGCCGCGUGGAGAGCCUGGUGCCGCUCGCCGCCGCCUGGACACGCCGCCAGCUGCGCCUCGCGCCCGCCGUCGACAGUCUACAAAGUACUUCAAUAGAGUAUGUUAUCCCCGAUAUGAGUGAGGGAGACGUCGGUACGUACCGCUGCUUCGCGAAGAACAGCGCAGGCGUCAGUAGAGCCAAUACUAUCGUUGAUUUAAUCGUGGAUCCACCUACAGUGACAAUUUCGCCAACAAAUAUAACAGUGACCGAAGGAGAGAACCUCAAUAUCUCAUGUUCCAUAUACAGCGAGGCGUUGUUACAACGCUCUGUUGUUACUUUUAAUGGCUCUACACGUAACUAUUCAAUAGAUUUCCAAUUGGAGCCAACAGUAGACGGGUACUACACGUUCAAUAAAACGAUUCAACAAGUGAAUGAAACAGACAGUGGAGUAUACACUUGUGAGGUCGCUAAUAGAGCUGGCAAAAGUUUUCAUUCAACAUAUAUCCAAGUCCAAUUAAAACCGACAGCGCAACUUAUAGGUCCUCACAGUAUAGCCAUAAGUAUACACAAGGACACACAAGUUGUUUGUCAAAUAGAAAACGCACUACAAGUCCAAUGGUUAAAUAAAAAUAAGCAAAUUAUUGAGAAAUAUGACGUCGAUGGUAGUUUUACUGCGGUGUUAGAUGUGAGGAAUGUGACAGAAGAUGAGGUCUUGACUUGUAUGGCGAUUAGAGAUGAUUGUAAUGCAUCUGACAGUCUCGAGCUGACGGCUCUAAUCAAACCACAAGUACUUAUCGAAGGUUCAAAGAACGUGACAGUAUUCAGCGGAAUUCAAUAUCAGGUGUUCUGUACAAUUGUGGCGAAACCUGAACCUAGGAUAAUAUGGCACAUGGAGACUGAGGAAUUCCUGCCUUGUGAUACAACAAAUCCUGAACCAAAUGUGUACAAGAGUAUGCUGACGUUAGAUAGUGAAAAGCGAGCAUUAAAUGGAACUUACUUUUGUAUCGGAGAGAACUCUGAGGGCAUCGGCCAGGACAGCAUUACUAUAAACGUUAGGGACAAAAUGAUGUUGCUGGAAGGAUUUACAGACUCUUCCGUAGAAUUAUAUUCUCAAAUUGAUUUUCAUUGCAAUAUAACCUCAUUUCCGCCACCGACCAUCAAAUGGUACCACAACAACACUGAAAUCAACAAUAUUAACGGAAGUAAUACCAAAAACAUCAACAUUUCCGAAGAUAAAGUAAUAUUGAACAUUCAAAAAGUAGAUUUUGAAAAACUGGGGGAAUAUAAGUGUGUGGGAGAAAAUGGAUAUGAAAAUAUUACUGUGAAAGGCAUUUUGUCUUUACAUGGACUAAGUAAACCGAUCCUCUUUAAGCAAUUGACUAAAAUUACUGUACCAAAGGACAAAUCGAUGAAUAUUACAUGUAGAAUCCUUAGAGGCAGUCCAAAUCCAACACUAACUUGGUACUUUAAAUCCAAAACUUUCAACAACUACACGACGCUACCAAAAGAAGUUGUUAUACGUGACAAUGUUAUUUUCAUUGAAAACAUAACAAAGGAACACUCUGGCUCAUAUCGGUGUGUGGCAGAUAAUAUUAUGGGAAGCGAUGAAUAUGACGUGGAACUAACAGUACAGUAUACGCCAGAACUAAAAGAAAAUUCUCAAGAAGCUUAUUUAGAAGGCCCUAUAGAAGUAACGUCGGGUGGUGAAGUAAAGCUAAGCUGCAACGUCGCGGGAAACCCCCCGCCCAUUGUUACUUGGACUAAAGAUGACUUACCAAUUGUGUUUUCUAACAAUAUUCAUAUAACAAAUGAUAGUAGUUUAGUGGUAACAAAUGCGACGAAGUUCGACUCUGGGCUAUUUGUGUGUAACGCCAGCAGUAUCAUGGGGUUUGUUACGAAAAACUUUACCGUCGCUGUCUUCAUGUCACCAAUCAUAACAAUAUACGGGGAGCCUGCAGUAGAAGUGUUAGAGGGACAACUAGUGGAGCUGCCGUGCUCCGCGCGGGGAGUCCCCGACCCGACAGUGCGGUGGGUGCACAACGGGGAAUCCCUCGCGCCAUAUAGGAAGUAUAUUGAUGAAUACGGUCUUGGAUUUGUAGCUAAUCUUACGGAUUUCGGCAAUUACAGUUGCGUCGCUAGCAACGAGUACGGCGUUGCGACUCGGAACUACACCGUUUAUGUUUGGGUGCCACCCCGUAUUGAGCCUCCAUUAGAAGAGUUGAAAGAAGUUAAAAUAGGAACAGAUGUACACUUACAAUGUGACGCCGUCGGCUUUCCGAUACCGUCGUUUUUUUGGGAGUUUCAAUAUGAAGUUUUAAAACAAAAUACAACAGAUAUGAGUUUUGACGAGACUGGAAACUUGUAUAUAAAAAACAGCAGCUCGACACAUGAGGGGAUAUAUGUUUGUGCUGCCGAGAAUCUCGCCGGAAUCGCCCGGAAGACUUUCUUCCUUACUGUUAAUGAAGCACCUAAAAUUCUAAAUGACAAUUACACGAGUCCCUACAUAGCAUCAACUUUGGACGACACGCUGAUUGUUACUUGUAGAGCGACGGGCAAACCUCGACCUUAUGUUACUUGGAUUAAGGACGGAUAUUACUUGGAUAAAGAUUCCCGAUACAACAUAGAUGUUGAUGGGACUCUAACAAUUAAGCAGCCAUCGGAGGAUCUGAGUGGGAAAUACACUUGUGUGGCGCGAAGUAGCGCCGGUAACGACAGUAAGGACGUGGAUGUUGAGAUAUAUUCUCUCCCAACGCUACUCCAAGAUGAAGGCUCUCCCGCAGUGACCACAGCGCUGGAGGGCGCGGCCGCCGCGGUGCAGUGCCCCGUCCGCAACGGAUACACUGUCAAAUGGUAUAAGGACGCUAAGGUCAUUUCCAAUGGAAGUUUAAUCAUCUCUAACGUGUCUCGACACAACGAGUCUCAGUACGCGUGCGUCGCGAGCAACGCCGUCGGCUCCGUACAUACAAAUGUUAUGCUGAAAGUUGAAUGGCCACCGAAGUUUAUAUCACAAGUCAAUGAAACAGUAGAUAUAGUGAAAGGAGAGGAUUAUUACUUCGAUUGUAAAACUGAUGCAAAACCACGGGCUAAGACAAGAUGGUAUUUUAACUCCAAAUUUCUCUUCGGAGAAGAUAAAGAAGUAUUAAAACUAAUGAAUGUACAGAUAAAACACACGGGCGUGUAUAAAUGCGUGGUGAAAAACGAGCAUGGUACGGUGUUUAAGCAGUUUAAUGUUGACGUAUUGGAACCACCAUUUAUAUCAGAGUUUAAUCUGUUAGACGUGCAGUUGAAAUCCGGCACUAACGCUACCCUCGAGUGCGAGGCGCGGGGCUCGCCCAAACCCAACGUUACUUGGACUUUCAACAACACAAACUGGAUCGUUCAAAACGCAACAAUAACAACAACGAACGUAACACAACAAUCCGAAGGUCUGUUCCAAUGUGGCGCGAGCAACAAAGCCGGCGUGUCUCGCAUCGUGUACCGAGUGGUUGUUAUCUCCGGCGCUAAAAUAGAAGAAAUAUUAUUAUUUAUGGACGGUACAGGAAUUCAUGUGGAGGAGAAGGCGGAAUUAACGCUAGGUACAAAAGUCAGAAUAGCUUGCAAAGGAUCCGGCAGUCCGCCACCAAUAAUUCAAUGGAUCCGAUAUGGCAACACUGUUAGUGAGAAUGACAAAGGCGUUGGAUACGCUGAUUUGGUGUUGCCAGAUGUUAGGACUUACGAUUCUGGAGAGUACACUUGUGUGGCGUCUAACGAAGGCGGUACUCACGAUAAAAAGAUAUCAGUUAAUGUUUUAGAGCCUCCAAGAAUAUUUCAAACGCUAUUGCAAAAUGCAAAUCAUUCAGAAAAUAUCAUAGAUUUAGAAGUGAUAUCCGGUCAAGCGUUUUACUUACACUGCCAUCCUUACGGGAACCCGUUUCCGGAAAUAUACUGGUUCAAAGAUGGCUUGCCAUUGAGAUUCUAUGAUGAGUCUAUGGUCUCAACUGAUUUUGGCGAAGUUGUUCAUUCAAAGAACGCGAUGUAUGAACAGUCGGGGAAUUACACGUGUGUUGCCAGAAAUAAAGUGGGUGAAGCCAGUGUUGUUUACUUGGUCGAUGUAUUGGUUCCACCCCCACCACUAAAAGACAACACGAAGCAAGCCACUGCCCUCGUGAACACCCCCCUCAACAUGUCGUGUCCGGCGCCGCGCUCGCCCGCGCCCGCCGCGCUCUGGCUGAAGCAUCCGUACACUGAAAUAGCCGAAAACUCUAGGAUAAAGUUGCUCGACGAUAAUUAUACUUUGUUAAUAACAAAAACAGAAGUGGCAGAUAGCGGCAAGUACUCCUGCAUAAUGACAAAUAAAGUCGGUACAACGGAGCUGAUUUAUGAUGUAGUUAUUCAAAAACCGCCAGAAAUAAAGGGGAAUAACGGGAAUAAUACUAUUGAAGAUCACAUAGUGUCCUUGCGGAGGAGCAUCGUGCUGAAGUGUGAGGUUGAUGGGAAUCCACCGCCUAAUAUUACUUGGUUUAAGGACGUCCAGGCACUGAGCCGCUCACACCCCGAUAUCCAGUGGGUGGCGGGCGCGGGCGCGCUGGCGCUGUGGGCGGCGCGCGCGCGCCACGCCGCGCAGUACGUGUGCGUGGCGGAGAACGCCGCGGGCGCCGCGCACCGCCGGUACAACGUCAGGGUUAAAGUGCCGGGCAAGUGGAGCGCGUGGUCGCCGUGGUCGUACUGCAACGCGACGUGCGGGCUCGGCUACCAGCGCCGCGCGCGCCGCUGCCAGUACGUCGACGACGACAACAAUGUUAUUGAUAAAAUCAACCAGCCAGAUAAAAUAAUUUUGGAUGAAUCAGAGUGCAAAGGUGUGGCCAUCGAUAGACGAAAAUGUCACAUGCCAUCUUGUGAGGAGGCGCCGCGGCCGCGCUGGUCGCGGUGGUCGGCGUGGGGCGCGUGCUCGGCGUCGUGCGGCGCCGCCACGCAGGCGCGCGCGCGCCGCUGCCGCCGCGCGCCCUGCGCCGGGGACGCCCUGCAGAUAAGAAAAUGUCAGGGUCUCCCGCAAUGCAGGUACCAGCGGAAACAAACUAGCGAUGAAUACAACGAAGGGGAUGUUGAAGACGUAGAGGAAAAUAUUAUUAAAGAGAAUAAUUUAGAUUAUUUACCCGAGGCAACAUUUGAAAUGGACCCCGAAGGAAAUCAUCCAGAACAUACUGACAGUGUUAAUGAUUUUUAUAUUCCUCCAGAAUGGCCACAAACAGUAUACUACGACGUGAACGUGACGAGUAACUUGGACGGCAGCGAGCGCGGGCCCUGCGCGCCCGGCUACUCGCGCGCCGGCGACACUUGCCAUGACAUAGACGAAUGUGUCAUAGACAACAACGAGUGUCACUUGACGCAAGUGUGCGUGAACACAUACGGCGGUUAUCGCUGUUCAUGCCCUCCUGGGUAUACAUCGCUGGGCGCAGGGAAACGAUGCUUGGAUAUAAACGAGUGCCAGCAAGAUUUGCACGGGUGCGAGUUCGCUUGCGUGAACGUGGCGGGCGGCUACGUGUGCGCGUGCCCGCCGCACCUGCGUCUGCAUGCAGAUAAACAUCAUUGUGUUACACCGCCAUUGUACAGAAAACCAAUCUCGUAUGAAGACUUAGUCGAUGAAGAAUAUCAUAGUACGUCCAUGGAGUCCAGUACAAAAGGAGACAUUAAG